GUGAGAAUAACAAAUUUCAAGUGAAAUACUCCGACUCGAAGGUCUGCAAGAGUUUUUUGCUGGCCUGCUGUCCCCAUGAAAUCCUCUCAUCAACGUUCUAUUUCCAGAGUCUCUGGAAAAAGCAAUUCCAAUCAGAUCCAUUGUACAAUAUUGUUGCGAGUAUUGUCCGCUCAUAUGUCCGUGUUGUACUUGUCACUCUCACACGCGCGUUACUGUAAGUACUGAAAACUGAAAAGACGUACGUAUUACAUCUACAAUUUGAUUACCUUUUUACCAUAAUUCAAGUACUAGAUAUACAUACACACAUAUAUGCAUAUCUAUAUAUCUAUAUCUAUAUCUAUAUAUCUAUAUAUUAAUUCGAUAUAUGAGACGUAAAGGCAGGCGGGCUUUACUUCAGCCCCUCUACCGAUUUUUCUACACGGUGGCGAGGCUGAGUAAUGCCGAAUGAUAAAUUCCCAGACCCCCGAAAAGGCCUGUAAACAGUGAGUCGGUGAGUAGCGUCAUGCUGAUUCAUGAGACGAUGUCUUAAUGUCGCUUCUUACUAAUAAUGCCGUUUACGGCAGGUAGGAAUAAGAGAAGUUUACUUUGAGAAUGUGUGUGAGAAAAAAAUAUAUCAUCCUGUGGAAGUAAAGGGUGCAGGAAAUGAAGCAGUGAUCUCACACGCGCUGUGUGUGUGUUGAUAAAAUGCAAACUCUUCGAAUGAAGAACGUGGGGAUCUCUUCGGGGAUCGUCUCGCGAUAUUUAGCUUUGGCAAUUUGCAACACCCAAACGUGUCGACAAGAAAAAAUGCGAGAGGUAGCAUGACGCAGAGAGAUUAGGUGGAGAUUAGUACAACAAGUGCCAGGUCCAUUAGAAAAAUUUCCUACAACCAUUGGAUGUGUACGUAUUGAAUCAGUUUCUUUUCUAAAAAUCCGUUUAGCAGCCAAUAAGACGUAAGACACGAUUCUCGUGUGCCGUACGUAAAAUAGUAUAUUAAAUCAUUAUAGGCUGUAAGUUCUCUUUCGUAGAAAAAAAAGUGAAACUUAUAAAACUUUAUAAAACUUAAAAGAUGUGUGCUGAUUAUAGCUUCAUUGCCGUCGCAUUCUCGUGUCAGGCGGAGAACUGUUGCCACCCUGUAAGUGAAAACAACAAACUAUUUAUCUGUAAAACAAAAACUGCAUUUCCUACUUUAUACGCGAUCGAUUGACGAUCGGAUCGCUUCAUUAUUGUACAUUCUAUCCUAGCUCGUGCAGGAAGACGAACUGACGUCUCUCCGUGAAUUCACGUAAAAUGAGAGAAACUAAAAAAAAAGCCUAUUGGGACCGUCUUAUCCUAAGGAUACAGGCGAUAUAAGCUCUCAGAAUUUUUAUCGUGUAUCAUCUCUGUCUCUCUCCUAGAUUAUCGAUUCAUGCUAAUUUCCAGUCGCGGUACCGCGACCAACGCAUGGACCUGGGAGAAUGCCCCCAGAUUCACGACUUGGCCCUACGGGCUGACUACGAGGCCGCGCAAAAGAAAAGGGAUCACUUUUACGACAUUGAUGCGAUGGAACAUCUUCAAAAUUUCAUCGCCGACUGCGAUCGUCGUACAGAACAGGCCAAGCAGCGACUGGCGGAGACACAGGAGGAGCUGAGUGCAGAGGUAGCGGCAAAGGCAAACAGCGUCCACGUGCUCGCCGAGGAGAUUGGUAAGAAACUAGCCAAGGCUGAACAGCUAGGCGAAGAAGGUUUUGUCGAGGAAUCGAUGAAAUUGAUGGGCGAGAUCGAUGAGUUGCGUAAAAAGAAGAAUGAAGCAGAACAAGAGUAUCGAAACAGCAUGCCGGCGUCAAGUUACCAGCAGCAAAAGCUAAGAGUGUGCGAAGUGUGCAGUGCCUAUCUUGGCAUACAUGACAACGAUAGACGAUUAGCGGAUCACUUCGGCGGAAAGUUGCAUCUCGGCUUCAUUAAAAUCCGCGAAAAGCUCGCUGAACUUCAGAAGACUGUCGAGGAAAGGCGUAAGGAAAAGCGCGAAUCCAUGCUUGACAGGAGACGGGACAGAGACAGGGAGGACCGUGAUAAGGAUCGUGAUCGGAACCGCGGAGGAUUGGGCUACAGGGAUCGUGAACGUGAUCGUGAUCGCGACCGUGAGCGCGACCGUGACCGUGAUCGCGAACGCGAUCGGGAUCGUGAUCGCGAUCGCGAACGCGAUCGUGAGCGUGAUCGCGAUCGGGAGCGCAGAGACAGAGAGAGGAGAAAGUCACGAUCUCGUAGUCGCAGUCGUGGAAAAAGAUCAAAACGUUCCCGAAGUGGUAGCCACAGUCGUCGAUCUCAUUCUCGCCGCAGUGGAUCUAAUGACCGUAAGAGAUAAAAGACAGUAUAAAAAUUAUGCUCAAUCAUUUAUUUUUUCUCUUAUAUGUGUACUUUUGUACAUGUAAUGUGUAAUUACACCUCGUAAUUACGUGUGUACGAAUUUUCGCGCUGAACAGUUAUCUAUAGCAAAUGUGAUGCUCUGUAUUGACGUAAACUUUGUACAUUACUCGUCACUUGAUAUUGAUACUAUUUAUGCAGAAUCUACUCUUAUUAAACUUUA